GUGAAAAUACUGACCCAGAAUGAGAAUAGCAAACUGCAAGCUGCUCUUGUUAGCAAUCUGAAGAGUGCAGUCACAGCAGCCUUUCUCAUGUUACCAGAAAGUUUCUCUGAAGAAGACCUCUAUAUGCAGAUUGCAGGACUCUCCUAUUCUGGUGAUUUCAGAAUGGUAAUAGGAGAAGACAGGUCGAAAGUGCAGAACAUUGUGAAACCUAAUGUUCCCCAUUUUCAGAAGCUGUACAGUAACAUAUUACAGGACUGCCCUCAAGUGGUAUAUAAGCACCAUCUGGGAAGGCUAGAGAUUGAUAAAAGUCCAGAAGGUCAAUUUACACAACUAAUGGCUUUGCCAAGGACUCUGCAACAAAAGAUAACUUCUCUGGUAGACCCUCCUGGAAAAAACAGAGAUGUGGAAGAAAUCUUACUGCAAGUUGCCCAUGACCCUGACUGCGGAUUUGUGGUGCAUCAGGGCAUUUCGGGAAUUGUGAGAUCUUCCAGUAUAGUGCAGAGUGCUAAAACCAUACUAACAGCUGGGGCAAAGAAAUCUAUGACUUACAGUAUGAAGAAAUUAUAUAAAAUGACAAAGGGAUGGUUAAGGAAGACAUCUUGAGUCUUGACAUACUGUGUAUGGGUAAAUAAAUGGUACUUUUUCUCGAAAUAUUUUGCAGGUGUUGCUUUGCCAACUUGAGGAGAUUAAAACUCAUUUGAGAAGUUUGUUCUAAUAAUGUACAUGCCCAAUUUUACUACU